UCGCUUGACGCUUUCGGCAAUUCCCCGGAUGAAUGCGGCGGAACCCGGCAGAAACAAUCGGCCGAUAUAAAAUUUUGGCUCCAUACUUCUACAAAAGUACCUGAGCACCCCAUCAGGAGCCCUAACCGUGCUCCUCCUCGUGGUCCCAAUCCUCCUUAUCCCUAUGGUCAUCCUUGGCCCGGAAAGCAGCCAAUUCCGCCGCCUCCAACAACUCUGGUCCCGACGCCAGCAACAAAAUGCCAACAGCAACAGCGAAAUCGUCUCUUUGCGCGUAUAUCCAAUCAAGUCCUGCCGCGGAUUCACAGUGAACAAGAGCACACUCCGUUCGCACGGUCUUGAUUUCGACAGACAAUGGAUGUUCGUUGAUGCGGAGACGCAGCAGUUCUUGACUAUUCGUCAGAUCCCGGAGAUGACGCUGAUUAACACGAGUCUUAGCGAGGAUGGCAGGUCACUUUUGCUGAGUAUUAAUGGUGUGGAUGAGGAUGUCGCUACUAUGGAGAAACCAAUUAGUAUUCCCGCAGUUCCUGAUACGGAUUGGUUGGAGCAGCACACUACGCUUUCGCAGGUUAAGGUGUGGGAUAUAGUCACGGACGGCUAUGUCUAUGGUAACGAGGUGAAUGAACCUUUCUCGCGCUUCUUGGGCCGGAACGUUGCGCUUGUGUACAAGGGUCCCACGCCACGGAUUCUGCAAGGAAACGGGGACCCUCAACUUCUGGGCCGCACGCAGAGUGUGAACUUUCCCGAUGUUCAUCCCAUUCUUAUCGCUUCUGAGGCUUCCAUUGCGGAGCUGAACUCGCGGCUUCACCAAAAGGGUGCUGAUCCUAUCACUAUCGAGCACUUUCGUCCGAACAUCGUGAUUAAGGGGAAUGCGCCUUGGACUGAGGAUUCGUGGAAGACUGUUCGGUUUGAUGGUAGCAGUGGUAGUCUGGCAGAGAGCGGUGACUCGUUUGUCCCGUCAUCGCCCGCGCUUGAUCUUGAUAUCGUGGCGCGGUGUGCACGGUGCCAGGUACCGAAUGUGAACCCCGAGACGGCGGAGAAGCACUCGAAGCAGCCCUGGGAUACGCUUGUGAGCUACCGGCGCGUUGACGAGGGCAUCAAGUUCAAGCCGUGUUUUGGAAUGCUUGCUGCGCCGAGGAAUGAAGGUGCUAUCGAGGUUGGGAUGAGGUUCGACGUAUUGGAGGAGACGAAUCAGCAUCGGUAUAUCAAAGGAUUUUAACCUAUUCAUAUCCUAUUCUGUACCACUGUAUAAAUAAAGGAGCAUGUGCUAG